UAUCCCUGCCCAGGGCAGGGUGGGUCAGGACUAGCUAUAUCUCUAAGGUCCAUUCCAGCCCCUUUGCCUUCUGUCAUUAACCAGUACCUGUUUUUCCUGGUUCCAUCAGACUGAAAGAAAGUCAAACAUCGGGACAAUUUUUUUUUUUUCCCUGUCCAAAACGAGCUUCAGAUGUAGCAAUGCAUUUUUUUUCCUCACAGUUGAUUCUGAUAUGGGAAAGGAUGACUGAAUACAAUGUUUAUGCAUUAAUUAUUCAGAAGAGUUCAAGAAUCUUAAAACUGUCUUAAAAAAUUAAUAAGUUGGAGAGCUGGGAAGUGAGCUGUAAUUUGCUAUUUUCCACCCCAAUGCACACUAAUUUUGCAAUACCACAGAAAUAAGCUCAUAUUUCACAUUUGACAUGAUUAGUACAGCAAGGUAGAUAAAACCACAACUGGUAUGAAAAUCUCAAGAGAAUAAAACCUAAGUUGCACACUGACUGUUGUAUUUUCAUAUCUGCAGAUAACUGAACCAAAUGAGUUUGACAUAAUGCUUGUAAUGCCUGUUGAAAGGAUUCAGCUGGAUGAGUCUGAUGAUACUGGAGCCUAUUAUUAUGUAUCAUUCAAAAGAAAUCCAAAAGAAAAGGGUUGGUCGAAGUUUUUAGAGGAAGAUGGAAAAUUAUCAGCCUUUAAAAUGCUUCAAGCACUAAGAGACAUUAUUAAACAGGAAGUAAAAAACAUUAAAGAUGUGGAAGUCACUGUGGCACGGAAAAAGGCUGGAAGCCCUGCAAUCACUCUUCAGAUCAAAAAUCCUCCAUCAGAAAUAUCAGUGGACAUCAUCUUGACUUUGGAGGUUCAGCAGAGCUGGCCUCUCAGCACACAGGGCGGCCUCAAAGUUGAACAGUGGUUGGGAACAAAAGCCAGGAGGAAUUUCAGAUUUAAACCACUUUAUUUAGUAGCCAAGCAAAACAAAAGAGAAAAAGUUCUAAGAGGGAACACCUGGCGACUCUCCUUCUCACAUAUUGAAAAGGAAAUGAUGAACAAUCACGGCAACUCAAAGACAUGUUGUGAGUCCGAUGGACCAAGAUGCUGCAGGAAAGGCUGCCUUAAGCUGCUGAAGUAUCUUCUAGAGCAACUUAAAAUGAAAUACCCAAAAGAACUGGAAAAAUUCUGUUCCUAUCAUGUGAAAACUGCUUUUCUCCACUCCUGCGUCACGUGGCCAAAUGACUCAGACUGGCACUUGGGAGACCUGGAUCAUUGCUUUCAGCAAUGUCUGGGAUUUUUUGUGGACUGUCUGCAAAAGUCUCAGCUGACUCACUUUUUUAUUCCCCAAUACAACUUGUUCAGCCUAGAAGAUAAGGCAAGACAUCAUUUCCUUUCAAGAAAAAUAAGCCAUGAAUUGAACAAUGGAUUCCCAGUAUUUCAUGAGAAUUAUUAAGAACAUUGUUCACAAUAGAUAUCUAAUCAUGUUGACUUGCCUAUUUAAAACAAAAUAGUCUGCACAACUCUACUCUUCAGUUGCCUGGUACUACAAAAACCAAAAAAACCAAACCAAAAUAAAAACAAGAACACAAAGAGAAAAAUACAUACUUCAGUUACAGUGCCUUGCCAUAACCCUUAAAAUAAAUGUUUUAAGUAAUAUUUACCUUGCCUAUCCAAAUGUAGAUGUCACCUGCAAAAUAUCUACAAGAUAUACUAAGAACAUAAAGAAGAAUUUGCAACAGUUCAUUUCACACAUGUAACUUCUAUGUUUUCAAGUACUAAGGCAUCAAUGACUGCAUAAAGGGAAAAAUGACAAUUUUAUUUAAAAUUAAGCUCCAUUGCAGAAUAUCCAAAAUACACUCCCUGCUUUCAAAAGUCACUGGAAUUACUUUGACAUUACAUUUGAGUAACCAGAACAACUUCCCCAGAUCACCUGUGUGGAUGAAGAUCUUUUGCAGAGGACAAUCACCAACAACAGCAGAGAGAGAGAGUAUUUUAUCUGAGUAAUAUGAAGUUCCUGAAUAACUCACCCUUUCUGAGUCUUCAGAAUUACUUUAGAAAUCAGCCUAUUCAUUGGGCUUUGGAUGAGAAACAAUCAUUAUCUAAAAUGAUGCAACAGAGUAGAUGGUUUUGUGCCAAUGAGCAUUUAUUUGUAUGAUGACUCAUGUAGAAAGAAAUGCAUCUUUCAACCUGUAUCAAAGAGGAGGAAUCUUGAUAUAAAAGUUUAUCAAAACCAAAAUGCAGCAUGAACUGGACACUCCUGAAAUUGAAUUCAUAUGCAUUUUUCUCAUAUUUAAGAAAUGUGUGUUAGGAAAAAAAAGUAUUUAAUAUUUCCUAUUACUAAAAUUGUGCAGGUGAGAAGUACCCAGCAUUUGAGAACUGCUGUGCUGCAAAUAAAUGUCUUUUGCUUCUACUUAUAGAAGCCAUGAGAAGUCCAUGUUUUUAGCCUAAUUUUGAAGGCAAAAUAACCUACAGGCUUGAAUAAUGCCCAGAUUUACCUAAAUUAUGAGCAAAUUAAGAGGGAAGAAUAUUCACAGAGUAAUUUUACUAAAAGAUUUUAAUUUUACUGAAUUUUGUUUAUUUUUAUUUAAUCAUAUGACAGAUAAAUGCAAGUUCAGACCAAGCAUCAAAUGAAGGAAUAACUCAUUCCCAUAUAAAUUUGAAAGAGUAGAAAAUAUGCCCCAUUAUUACUGGGCAUCUGUGUGACAGAACUUGACAUCCAAAUGUAAAGUGUAAAUCAACUUUAUCUGGAAGAAAUAAAAGCUGACUUUCAAAUGUAUUCUUUUCUCCAUGACUUUGUUAACAUUGCUCUAAGUAAAUUCUGGUUUUGUUCCUUAAGCUAGAACAUAGCCACAAAAACCAGAGUAGAAGCUGGUCUUCUUCCUCAUUUAGCUACAAACAAGUACUUUAUCAUGCUCUCUCCAUUACAAGAAAAUGCAGACCUCUCAAAAAAUCUUGAGACACAACUUCCAAUGUUAAAUUUUAAAAUAAGAAUAAAGGAAACUUGCUUCAGCAAACAUAUGUAAUGGCAAGCAGAGCAGUUUUCAUUAUCCUGAGAAAUACUUCUGCAUGUCAGUGGCAU